AGUACUGUAUAUCACGUCCAUUACAUCAAGUACACUUUGGCCUUGCUAUCGCUACAUUCGUUUUACAUUUUUGUUUAAGUCGGACUCACGAAGCAAUGCGAAUCAAUCACAUGUCACACUUGCAUGAUUUUGCUCUACGGGUAUGAGAUCCGCUUCGACCUUUUCUUUCCCGUUCCCAGGAGGAUGAUGGUCUUCCCUUCGUAGUUCUGAUUGUGUUUAAUUUGUAGGUUUAACCCUAGGAGACCAAUGUCUCGUCCAUGCUUACUAUCUUAGCAGCCUAUGAGACGAGAGUGAUACAUAUUCAUCUUUCUUUGAAUCAAGUAUGGAAGAGUAUAUAUGCAGUUUUUGAAAUUUGUAGUGACUUAAAAAUUAAUUCGUACACGAGGUACCACUUUUCUACCAUCGAGAUCCUGAAUAUAGACUAAUCAAUGAUGUAAGUGGAAAUAAUCUUUUGUGGAUAAGGAUUAAAGUGUCAAAAGAAGGAGUGCGCCGGAAACUUUUAUGGAUAAUUUGCACUGCUACUGAUUUCGUGAUCUGUUCCAUAGAUCUCAUUUUGUCUCUCCCAUUCACGAGCAUUCGUUAGCGUACCGUCUUCGAUUCCAGAUUCUCACACGACAAUCGGCAUACAGUCAGGUCACAGAAAUUGCUCCUCAUUCAAUACGGACCGCUAUCAAUAGUUCUUCCAUGUUCACUAAACGAGCGGCGGGCUGUGAAUCGAUAGGGCAAAGUGUGAUUCUUAAUUUCUAGAACCCAUAUAAGUUUUCACUGUUUCUAAAAUAAGUCAUGUUUUGCUGCGGUAUCACAAGCUCCAACGCAUGUACUUUGGAGAAAUUUAUACCGGAAAUAGGAAAGCCGGGUGCAAGUGAGUCUUUGCAGGGUUCAAUCUCAUGUAGCUUUGGUUUGCUUAGUUGUUCUAAUCGUGUUUAAAGGCAUGUCAUGUUCGUUUUAGUUGCUUUUGUAUUGCUCUGUUUCUGUGUUCUUUUACAAGAAUCAGAGACAUUCUUGGCCAUAAAUGUGCUUCAUAAUGAAGCGGGAAGAUGUCGAUUCUGAAGGUACGGUAAAGUGAUAUAAUCAGUGCCAUGCACAUAAGGGAUCGAAAAGGCUUUAGUUUUCCUCUUAUUAUUCCUGGGCAAUAAAAGAAAGAAUUUAAUCAAUCGCUCGCAGAAUGAAAGAAUCUCAGAAGAACGAGUUUUCUUUUUUUCAUUCUGACUUUCAUUUUGCCCUGUUCUUCUUCUCUACUGAAAAAAUCCCUCUACGUAAACAGCAAGGUUUCGUAAAGACCUGUGACGCUACAGUGUGUUUCAAAAAGGGUUUUGACUCUGAGGGGCUGUUGGCUGUAUAUGCCCGUUACUUUCGGAGUGAAAAUUCGGAAUGUUCUUGCUCAGCUUUGACCUGUUUCCAGAGCUGCUAUGGCGGAGACGGUAAAUUCCACUGAUGGACAUUCUCUCCGAUUCAUGGUUCUACAACGUGGGGUAAACUGUUAUUAUAUUCUGUUCGACUCUAUAAAGCCGUAUAAUUUGGUUGUUUCCUACUGCCAUCAUCACUUCUUCAUUCCUUCUUCUUUCUUCAUGGAUUAGUAGUGGUUAGUCUAACACACACUGUUCCUACAAGGAUCUCGCUUCUCACGUGACAGGUGUCCGACGAAACUCUCGAAAGGUUGGCCACCGAAUCCGGACUUUCUGAGAGGGCGUUUCCUUCUGAUCAUUUUAUCAAAGAGACAUGUACAGAUAAGAACCUAGAGCAUUAACAUCUCAAAGAAUGUGUUGGUGUUCACGAACGGCCUUCUUUGAGUUUUGAUCUUCCUCACGGCAGCUGGUAUCACUAAACAGUUCUUCUGCCAAAAACCGAGCAAUCGAAGCCGGCCACCUUUGGCUUUGUUGAAAGUCGGAGAUCGCUUGGACACGCUGCAUCAACAUUUCUUACCUCCACGAGUUCCGUCGAUACGAGAACGAGAAUUCAAUUUCAGAUAUGACAGAAGAGUUAGGCUCCUCGAUGGCCGCAGGCACCAAGAGUUUUGAGCGUACAGUCGUAAAGCUGUACAUACACGUCUACCGUUCGUCCGAGCAAAGAUAAACAGGCUGCCUGUCAUUGGUCGGAGUUCAAUUUCUUCAGAAAGCUGAAUGUCGGCUAAGUUCCUCGUAUUGAUUGUACAUCGUCACCUUAUACCCUGACGUCUGCGUCGAGAAUAACUCUUUCCGACCCAAGUACGUCAAGCUUGCCUUCGGCGAUGUGUCAUACUGUAAAGCGCUCAAAAUACUCAAAAGUUGGUCCGGUCCGUUCUCCUUGCUCGCUUAUUAGGCUCUCUGCUCCUUCGUCCUUCUUUUCUUUCAGAUCGCUUUACUCUGUGGUCUUCCUUCAGCUGAGGCUUAGAGACUUCCUCUGGGCACUACAUUACACAUUAUUGCGAUAGGAUCAUGUAGUUCUUGCAUGGUACACUUGUUCAAGUCAAUCAGUUGGCUCAGGUGGAGGCCACUGUACAUCGUAUAAUUUGCCCAAUACACAGUCGUAGGAAGAGUGCGGUAAUUAAUGACCGUAGACAUCACCUUCUGUCAAUAUUAUGUGUGGCUCCACACCCGUGGUUUUCGUUUACUGUAUUGUGAGGGUUGGUUGAUUGUC